AUGGGAGUCGGAGAGACCAUCACCGUCAUCAACAAGUCGGGCAAAGUCAGCAAGCACGUCUUCAGUGUCUUCAAGGAGGCCAAGGCUGCCUACCGCGAGCGCAAGGCUGAGAUCAAGGCCGAGCGCGAUGCUGCCGUGCGCGAGAAGAAGGCCUUGAGCAAGGGCGUCGAGGCACUACGCGAUGAGGACGACGUUCAGUCGCACGCAUCCUCGCGCCGGUCCUCGCACUCCAAGGCCACGCACCGCUCCAAGUCACAUCAUCAAAAGUCACCACGUCCUGAUGGACGACCCCCACUAGAACGGGGCUACACAGACAGCUUCUACGCAAACGACCGGAGCCCGCGCACCAGCCGCCAUCGAUUCGACGAUGACCUUGCCGGAAGCGCCCGUGAUGGGCACAUGAGGGAACUUGUCCGGAGAAACUCGGACCAGGUCGCACGCUCAUCUCGCCAUGCCAAGCGCUCAGAACCCUACGUCGACAUGGACCUGGCUUAUGGCGACGUACCUCCACCUCUGCCUGACAAGAAGUACGAGGAUGCCGAGCUGAAGGAGAAGGCGUCGAAGAUCACCAUGCUCCUGGACGAGGCCAAUUGUCUACAGUACUCUGCAACUGCCAUGAUCGAGAACCUGCAGAAAAACCCCGAUGCCCUCGCUGCCGUUUCCCUCACCCUCGCCGAGAUCAGUGCAAUCGUGAGUAAGAUGGGCCCUGGGGUUCUCACCACUCUCAAGGGUGGCUUCCCCGCUGUCGCCGCCCUGCUCAUGAGCCCACAAUUCAUGAUUGCUGGAGGUGUCGCCGUCGGCGUCACCAUCGUUGCUCUCGGCGGAUACAAGAUCAUCAAGAGAAUCCAGCAAAACAAGGACGAAGAGAUGAUCAUGGGUGGUCCAGUCCAGAUGCCCAUGUCCAUGCCCGUGCCCACGGACGCACGUGCGGCAGAGGAGCCCUACAUACUCGACGAGCUCGAGACAAAAGAGCUCAGCCGCAUCGAUCUGUGGCGCCGCGGCAUCGCAGAUGUCGAAGCAGAGAGCUCCGGCUGCAGCGUCGACGGCGAGUUCAUCACACCAGGUGCCACACGGCAGCUGGUCGAUGCCGGCGUUCUUGACGAGGACGACAUCAAGUCGCGCCGCAGCGCAAAGAUCCGGGACGACAGGAGCGAGCGACCCAAGUCACACCGCGCCAAGUCGGUACGGUCCGAUGCCCGCUCUGAAGUGCGCUCCGAGCGCAGCGCGCACACCAGCAAGACCUCCGGUACGCACCGCAGCAAGACCGUCAAGGAGGGCAGCAGCAGGCGCAAAGAGAAGGAGCCGUCGCUCAUGAAGACGCUCUUCCGCUCGAAGACGGCCGCUUAUUGA